GCACGCGGGGCAGCCGCCAGGGCCGCAGCCAUGAACGGGACAGAGGGCCCCAACUUCUACGUGCCCUUCUCCAACAAGACGGGCGUGGUGCGCAGCCCCUUCGAGUACCCACAAUACUACCUGGCCGAGCCAUGGCAGUUCUCCAUGCUGGCCGCCUACAUGUUUCUGCUGAUCGUGCUCGGCUUUCCUAUCAACUUCCUCACGCUCUAUGUCACCGUCCAGCACAAGAAGCUGCGCACGCCCCUCAACUACAUCCUGCUCAACCUGGCCGUGGCCGACCUCUUCAUGGUCUUCGGUGGCUUCACCACCACCCUCUACACCUCCCUGCACGGAUACUUCGUCUUCGGGGAAACGGGAUGCAAUCUGGAGGGCUUCUUUGCCACCACAGGCGGUGAAAUUGCCCUGUGGUCCUUGGUGGUCCUGGCCAUCGAGCGGUACGUGGUGGUGUGUAAGCCCAUGAGCAACUUCCGCUUUGGGGAGAACCACGCCAUCAUGGGCGUCGCCUUCACCUGGGUCAUGGCCCUGGCCUGUGCCGCACCCCCGCUUUUUGGAUGGUCCAGGUACAUCCCGGAGGGGAUGCAGUGCUCUUGCGGGAUCGACUACUACACGCUCAAGCCCGAGGUCAACAAUGAGUCCUUCGUCAUCUACAUGUUCAUUGUCCAUUUCACCAUCCCCAUGAUCGUCAUCUUCUUCUGCUACGGGCAGCUCGUCUUCACGGUCAAGGAGGCAGCCGCCCAACAGCAGGAGUCAGCCACCACCCAGAAGGCGGAGAAGGAGGUCACCCGUAUGGUCAUCAUCAUGGUUAUCGCCUUCCUGAUCUGCUGGCUGCCCUACGCCGGUGUGGCAUUCUACAUCUUCACCCACCAGGGCUCCGACUUCGGCCCCAUUUUCAUGACCCUCCCGGCAUUCUUCGCCAAGAGCGCCUCCAUCUACAACCCCGUCAUCUACAUCAUGAUGAACAAGCAGUUCCGGAACUGCAUGCUCACAACCAUCUGCUGCGGCAGGAACCCGCUGGGUGAUGACGAGGCCUCCGCCACCGCCUCCAAGACGGAGACCAGCCAGGUGGCCCCGGCCUAAGCCCAGCCAAGGACUCGCCUUGGGGCUGCCUGUAGGAGUCUCCUGUCCCUCACACCCCACCCCAAGCCACAGCCACCCUGCCAGGAGCAGUGCUUGUCGGAACCAGGUCACACAGGUUCCCCGAGUUUUUUUUAAAAAAAAAAAAAGAAAAGAAAAAGUAAUGAAUUCAUGAGAGAAAAAUGAGGCUCCCCUCAUGGCAGGGUCGGCCCAAGGAAGGACACACACAGAGACCCUCCAUCUCAAGUCCUGAAUUCCCAGGAGCUGGUGGGAUCUGGACCCUCUCUUCCCCCUCAUCUCAGCUCUCAGGAACAAAGGACUCUUGCUCUCUGGAAGAGUGUCCCCGCUUAGGGAUAAGUGUCUAGCACAGAGCGGGGCACACAGUAGGUGCUUAACAAAUGCUUGAUGGAUGAACAAAGGAAUGAAUGCUGGAAUGAAUGGAGGAAGGAAGAAAGAGGCAAGGAAAAUUUAUCUGUCCUCUCAAAUCCACCUUAGCUGCAGCAGUUUAUCCUCUUUUCCUCUUCCCUGGACCACACUUUUUCUUAUCCAUAAAAUGGACAUCCCAGUCCUGGCCCUCCCUUCUACACAGGGGCUGCUGUGAAGACCCAUCAAGAUUGUGUUUGCCUGCAUUUUUGUCUGUGUGUGUGCAUGUCUAAGACUUUGUAAAUGGUAAGGAGCUGUACAGAUUGUAGUGAGCAUCAUGAAUAGUAUCUAUUAAUCUAUUAGUUACUUAAUUAUUAAUUAAUUAAUUACUAUAACCAUCUUCUCUUGAUAGUGACCAUUUUGAGACUGGGCAAGUCCCCGAGCAUCUAGGCAAAGGGCUUUCACACAGUCUCAGCAGGUUUUUAAAAUCAGUGGGGCAUCUGUGGCCAACUAGGUCUGGGGACCCAGGCAUUGGGAGGGACAAUCAAGGGAAUACAUUCAUCAAAUCUGAAAGAAAAAAAAAAAAAAACCCUCAGGGGACUAGGGUCUGCGGCUGAGGCCCAGGGGAGCUCCAGGCCUGGUGCCUCCCCUUCACCACAUGACCUAUUGAGAAAAGGGUCUUUCUUUUAGAUUCUGGAAAAUACCUGCUAUUUCUGCCCCAGCACCCAGGCUGCAGCACAUUUGGGCCAAUCUGGAGCUUCUAGAAGCCAUGCCCACCUGCCCACAUUUAAUGAAGAGCUGAGUCCCCAGUGUCACUCCUUUCUCAAAGAACUUAGAAACUAACAGUGGGAAAUUUGGCCUGGGAUAGUUUAUGGCUUCCAGUUCACAGCUUUGGUGGUGGACAAGCCCCUGUCUUUAGCAGCUGCCAGUUCGUCCUCCAUUCUGGAGAGUUCUUGCUCCAAAGCUGGCCAGAACCCAGGGGGGGUCAGAAUUGAGCUGCCUCAGUAACUCCCCCACCCACACGCACAUCAACGACACUGGAAGCUCUUGUUUUCCCCAGCUCUGCCUGGAGAAUAAGGGAAAUUGGGGCAUUAAAA